AUGCAAAACAUUAUCGUCUUGCUAGUACUCGCUUUGACAAUAUUUGCAACAACAGUUUCAAAAGUUGAAGAGAAAGCGUCGGAUGGUGGAAUAUUUCAUGUGAAAGUGCGCACGAGUAACUUCGGUCGGAUAAAAUACGAAGAUGGUGAAGUUUUACUCGCUCAGAAUCUAGAGAAGCCUACGGAUAUUUUCUUCACACCGUUUCCACGUGUUGAUCCUUCAAGUACAGAAUGUCAAGAAAAUGAACUCAGUGGUCAGACAGAACUUAUUCUUUCGGUCGAUUUAUAUACUUCACAUUUGAUUCGUGAUGUUCAUGCCUAUAUUAACAAACGCUAUCCAACUCUCUGUAAUGGUGAUGUUGAAGAGAAUAUGACAACAAAAUGUGAUGUAUCACUUUUGCCUAUGAAUGCUAUUCGUCUUGUUCAAAAGGGUCUUCGAUCAAAUAUGUCUCGUCUCAAGUACCUAGUCGAUGAUCAAUGGCAUUCAAAUACUCUUCUUCUUCAAUCGGUUCAGUUUAUUAUUUAUACACACAAUAUAAGCGUCUGUCAUCAAGCACGCUCGGCAACCGUUGAUCGAUGUCAAAUGUCGAAUUUUGAAAUUCAAUAUUCGCUUUAUUCAGAGAAGAUCGUCGAACGACAAAUUGAGAUCACCAGUGAACAUGUUACGAGUUCAUCCAUGUUCAAUCAUAUUCGCUCUCAAUUACCGACCACUGAUAUUGUAGCAUUAACCGGUAAUGAUUUCAAACAGUUGCUCAAUGAAGUCACUGAUAGAGUGACUAUGAAGCUACGAGUUCAAGAAGGUUUCGAUAGUUUUCAGGACCCAGUGUCUAUUGACAAGCUACUUGAACGACAACUUCAAUUCAAACAGGUACAAUUGGAAAAAGCAGAUGAUCGAUUGUGGGAUUCACUCUAUUGGACAAAAGAGCAAAUGCGACCUGAUCGUCUUUCGAAAGUACUCAAUAUAGUUUUUCGCAAAGAAUCAAAUGACAGUGAUCACUUUGUUUAUGAUAGUAAUGCAGCUAAGAAUUCUCAAAAACUUCACUUGACUCAACAUGAUAUUGAUCAAUUCGAGAAACUCGAUAAGUUUCUAUCUACCUACUCACGUACUUCUUCCACGCUCGGUUCGCAGCAUGGUCAGGGUCAGGGCAGUGUCAGUUUUGGUAUCGGUCCAUAUAGAUUCGGUGGUGGUGGAGGUGGAAGUCAUCAAUCACAUUCACAAAAUUCGCAAAUACCAUUACAAAAUGUUAUUAUUCCUGAAAAUGCUCAAUGGAUACAACAUGGUAUUACUGUUGCUGGUGGUAAUGAAAAGGGCCAUUGGCUUAAUCAGUUGAAUGAACCUAUGGGCUUGUGGAAUAGCCGAGUGGUGCGAUGGCCUCGUGAUGCAAAUCAAAUUCCAGAAAUUCUGAUUGCUAAUUGCAGCUGCUACGGUUUGGCAAUCGACGAAGAAGGAUUUCUCUACACCAGUAACUCUGACGAGCAUAUGAUUCGACGAUGGCAAGUGGGAAGCAAACAAGGGACAAUAGUGGCAGGUGGAAAUGGACAAGGUAAUGAACUUAAUCAGCUAAAUACUCCGACGUCCAUGUUUGUUACUCGAAAUCGUUCUUUGUACGUGGCGGAUUAUACAAAUAAUCGUGUGAUAAAGUGGGAGAAAGGUGCAAAACAAGGCAUUGUUGUGGCUGGUGGUCGAGGUUCAGGUAGCAAGGCCAUGCAAUUGUUCCGUCCUCAUGGAGUGAUCGUUGAUCAGUUGGGUACUGUCUAUGUUGCAGACUACGGCAAUCAUCGAAUCAUGCGGUGGCCCAAAGGAGCUGAGCAAGGCACUGUUCUGAUCGGUGAAAAGAGUCCAGGUGCACAACCAGAUCAGCUCAAUGGUCCUGUAGGUAUACUGUUUGAUCAAAAGGGCACUCUUUAUGUUGGUGAAUACUCCAAUCAUCGAGUGCAACGAUUCAAUAUUAAGCCGCAUUUAUAUUCAUAG